GGUUGUUGACAUUGGAAGAAGAAAAUAAACAGAAAAGGAAGGAGAAAGAAAGGGAGGAAGAAAAGGUAAAUUAACAUGAUGGAUUUCUCCAAGCUACCCAAAAUAAUCGAUGAAGAUAAAGAAAGCACAUUUGGUUAUGUUCAUGGGGUCUCAGGGCCUGUGGUUACAGCCUGUGACAUGGCAGGUGCAGCCAUGUAUGAGCUGGUAAGAGUGGGUCACAGUGAGUUGGUUGGAGAGAUUAUUUGAUUGGAAGGUGACAUGGCUACUAUUCAGGUGUAUGAAGAAACUUCUGGUGUAUCUGUUGGAGACCCUGUACUCCGAACUGGAAAACCUCUCUCCGUUGAGCUUGGUCCUGGCAUUAUGGGAGCCAUUUUUGAUGGUAUUCAAAGACCUUUGUCAGAUAUCAGCAGUCAGACCCAAAGUAUCUACAUCCCCAGAGGAGUAAAUGUGUCUGCUCUUAGCAGAGCUGUUAAAUGGGAUUUUACACCAUGCAAAAACCUACGGGUUGGUAGCCAUAUCACUGGUGGAGAUAUUUAUGCAAUUGUCAAUGAGAACUCACUCAUCAAACACAAAAUCAUGUUACCCCCACGAAAUGGAGGAACUGUCACUUGUAUUGCCCCACCUGGGAAUUAUGAUACCUCUGAUGUUGUCUUGGAGCUUGAAUUUGAAGGUAUAAAGGAGAAGUUCAGCGUGGUCCAGGUAUGGCCUGUUCGUCAAGUUCGUCCUGUCACUGAGAAGCUGCCAGCCAAUCAUCCUUUGCUGACUGGCCAGAGAGUCCUUGGUGCCCUUUUUCUGUGUGUACAAGGUGGAACUACUGCUAUCCCUGGAGCUUUUGGCUGUGGAAAGACGGUGAUAUCACAGUCUCUCUCCAAGUAUUCCAGUAGUGAUGUGAUCAUUUAUGUAGGAUGUGGUGAAAGGGGAAACGAGAUGUCUGAAGUCCUCCGAGACUUCCCAGAGCUCACUAUGGAAGUUGAUGGUAAGGUAGAGUCAAUCAUGAAGAGGACAGCUUUAGUAGCCAAUACCUCCAAUAUGCCUGUUGCUGCUGGAGAAGCCUCUAUUUAUACUGGCAUUACACUAUCAGAAUAUUUCCGUGACAUGGGCUACCAUGUCAGUAUGAUGGCUGACUCUACCUCGAGAUGGGCCGAGGCCCUUAGAGAAAUCUCAGGUCGCUUAGCUGAAAUGCCUGCAGAUAGUGGAUAUCCUGCAUAUCUUGGUGCACGUCUGGCUUCUUUCUAUGAGCGAGCAGGCAGAGUGAAAUGUCUUGGAAAUCCUGAAAGAGAAGGAAGUGUCAGCAUUGUAGGAGCAGUUUCUCCACCUGGUGGUGAUUUUUCUGAUCCAGUUACAUCUGCUACUCUUGGUAUUGUUCAGGUGUUUUGGGGAUUAGAUAAGAAACUAGCCCAACGUAAGCAUUUCCCCUCUGUCAACUGGCUCAUCAGCUACAGCAAGUACAUGCGUGCAUUGGACGAGUACUAUGACAAACAUUUCACAGAGUUUGUUCCUCUGAGGACCAAAGCUAAGGAAAUUCUUCAGGAAGAAGAAGAC